GCGGGGGGGUGCCCACGUGGGCUGGUCCUAGCCGCGGGUGGACCCUCCCCACUCGGCUGGGCUCCGAUCAUCCUGCCGCGCGGUAUUUGCGUCCAGGUCCUCCGCACUCUGGUUCCAGUAUGGGCUCGACUACCCUGCAGAGCUGGUGACUUUCCUGAGUCUAAAACCGGCUCCAUGCAGCUGGGGUUUCGGGGCUCGGGUUGGCGCCCAAUUUAUAGAAAAGAAAAAAGUCUCUAACGGGACAGAUGUGCGUUCUCUGACGCCCACCAUACGAGUCUCAUGCUAGACUCAGGGGUGGUGGUUCCAAGCUCAGGAAGGAUGUGGGGCGGGGGACGCGCCGCCCCAAGACCGGACCUCGGUCUCUAGAUCUCCGCUGCCCACACGCACCCCCUGACCUGGAUGCGAACACCCUCAUUCUCCCACUCCCGCACCACUGUAGCACCUCUCUACCCUCCCUGGAGAAGCCCCCCGACUGUAGAAAGAUAAACCUUCAAGUUUUCACUCCGCGUCUCAAAUGUGCAUGAAGGAAUUUAACUGCGCGAGUGAAUAACAGCAUUAGUUUCAAUUAAUUUUUUUUAAAUCCCGGCAACAAUAAACUUUGAGAACAAAAGCGCUUUUACGUCCUUAAUUAGGCGAGCUUCCCAUCUGUGGUCUUGAAGUGUCUGCCUCUUGAUUUAACUUUGUCUCCGCCCCCCACCGCACUCCUACCCCUUCUUCGCUGGGCCCUUCGGGUAUCUUGGCCACCCCGCCCGCGGGGCCGGAGGUUCGGCCCAGCGGAUCCUGUAGCCCCGAAGUUCACACCGGCCGGCUGGCUUUGCGGCCGGGCUGGCGCGCACCAGGUGGCCCGCCGCGUCCCUCCUGUUCCACCCCUGGACAGUCCUGCCGGCCCCUGGCACUGCUGCCUCGGGCAAGCGCCCAGGGCGCAGAGCUGAAGGGAACUGGAGAGGCGCCUUCUGUUUACCUUUUAUGGUUAAAAUAACAGCUUAGCAAAAGAAGCGACUUCACGAAGAAGCGAUUUAGUGAAAUCGUCUCAAGCUGCCGCAGCUCAGCCAGUUUAAUCACCCCCAGAGAGCUGAACAACUGCGAGCACAAUGGGACACAAAAUCAUUUUCUUGUUCUGGAAAGAAGGGUCGUGGUCCACCACAGAUGCGUUUGUCAGAGGGAGCAGUGGAGAUUCCGGUCAAGGCUUAAGGCCUGGGGCUUCCAAUGAUACUCUGGGCAGGGAUGGAAGCCUAGAUGCCUCACCGCAAGGAGCGGCCGAGCGGGUCCUCGCUUAACGCACACGGCAGCAGCGGCUCGGCGGAGGGAGGAAAUAUGUCCCGGCUGUCACUCACCCGGUCGCCUGUGUCUCCCCUGGCUGCCCAGGGGAUCCCACUGCCAGCUCAGCUCACCAAAGCCAAUGCACCUGUGCACAUCGACGUGGGAGGCCAUAUGUAUACGAGCAGCCUGGCCACACUCACCAAGUACCCUGACUCCAGAAUAAGCCGUCUCUUCAACGGCACAGAGCCCAUUGUCCUAGACAGUCUCAAGCAACAUUAUUUCAUCGACCGAGAUGGGGAGAUUUUCCGUUACAUCCUGAGUUUCCUGCGGACGUCAAAACUGCUGCUUCCAGAUGACUUCAAGGACUUCAACCUGCUGUAUGAGGAGGCGAGGUACUACCAGCUGCAGCCCAUGGUGCGUGAGCUGGAGCGCUGGCAACAAGAACAAGAGCAGCGACGUCGAAGCCGGGCCUGCGACUGCCUGGUGGUGCGGGUCACCCCUGACCUGGGUGAACGGAUCGCACUCAGUGGCGAGAAGGCCCUCAUUGAGGAGGUCUUCCCGGAGACCGGAGAUGUCAUGUGCAACUCUGUCAACGCUGGCUGGAACCAGGACCCCACGCACGUCAUCCGUUUCCCUCUCAACGGCUACUGUAGACUCAACUCGGUGCAGGUCCUAGAAAGGCUGUUUCAGAGAGGGUUCAGCGUGGCCGCAUCCUGUGGGGGUGGUGUGGACUCGUCCCAGUUCAGCGAGUACGUCCUUUGCCGGGAAGAGCGGCGACCACAACCCACGCCAACUGCCGUCCGGAUAAAGCAGGAGCCCCUGGACUAGGCACUGCUGCCUCGAUGCCCACCUAAGACCCCUCAGUCCUGGGACAACCCCAAGGAUAUGGAAAUAGUGCUGAGGAGUUCUGCCUGUUUGUGCUUCACAGUGGGCACACGACUGAGGGCGGAAAUGGAGGGUCUGAGCUCAUCCCUGGGAAUGCCAGGUGCGGAGGCAACAGAAGGAGGGGGUGCCGGAGGGGGUGCCCGCGGAAGGACUGUUGAUGUGAUCCAGAGAUGCUGCUGCUGCAACUGUGCUACCAGCUUCCCAGCCCUCCUGCAUCUCAGCCUGGUACAGCGUCCUCUGCUGUGCCAGUCACUCCAGAGCAGCUGUUUCCCCUCCACACUUGGCAGACAUAUUUUUCUACAGUAUUUAAAACAGAGCUAACUGUCGCUGCACAGGUCGGCAAGGCUACUGGGGACCAUCGCUGCUUUUACCUGGUGCUCAGUUCUCAGCCCAACUGUUCAGCAAGCCUUGCAAAAGAUGGGCUGCCAGCAUUCCAGCCCAUGUGCCUGCUGAGCUGGGUCUGUGGGGACAGAUGUGGGGUGGCGGUGCUACAGGAGGUGGAACAGAGUCCUCCAGGGCCAGGGCAGCCGGGAAGAGGGCAGUGGGGGCUAUGUGACUCUAUGACUUUUAUCUGAGACACUCUGCUGCCACCUGUGUCCCAGACUGCACUUGGUGCACACCUGACCUGCUAAUGCCCAGGGGCUUCCAAUCCCAACUGACUGUGCUCACAUCUGGGUUCUUGGAGAAGUCUUCCCCCACCCAGUCAGCAUGGGGGCCACAGCUUAUCUCAGGAAUGGGCCCUUCUACCAAGGGACCCAUCUGUCAGCAUCACUCUCUGGGUCCCCAGCUCAGGGAACCACCCUCCACCCUAGCACCAGUUUUCCCAUUCACAUGCACAUCAAGUGUUAAUGAAAUGUCCUAAACUAGCCUGUCUAUAAGGCCCAGACCCAAGCUUACCUAGUGCUCUUAACCCCAGAUUUCCAACAAGGACUGGUCCUGAGAGGUCCUCACAGAUCUGCUCUCUCCCAGACGACAGGCCCAAAAGAUGGAUACCCUGGCCUUGUCACAUCUCCCCUAGUUCCUCCCAAGUGGAGGAAUCGCAGAGAACUGACAGAUGGGGUGCCCUGGCCGGCACCCCCCUUGUGUAUAACGCCUGUAGACUUGUAUAUGACUCCUUUAAUAUUGUAAAAAUGCUGAUGUACAAUUGUCCUUCCUGUGUUUGUGUGAACACACCGCGUUCCCGGUUCAUACCAUAAAGGACGCUAUAAAGCAAAAAA